GCUGCUUUUUUGCCCCCCUCAGUUUUAGCUUCGAUUUUCUGCUUCAUCAAAUUACCCUCGUUUUGGACCGCCUCUCCUGCAGGAGAAGAGAGGCUUGCCAAACCAGGGAGGAUGAAGGUCAGCUGGGCCCAGCUAGGUCUGGUUUUCUUCCUCCUGCUGUCCCUCAUCAUGACAGGAUGUUUCCUGUGGCAGUACCACCUUCCAAAGCUAGAACUGGAUGAAAGUAUGGGCGGUAGAGCCCACGCAGAGAGCAUGUGUCCUCGCUUUCCUGAGCCCGUCCCCCUGCAGCACCCCGUCCCAAGUGUCAAGGAGGCACUAGAGAAGGUAGACUUACUCCUGCGACGCAGCAUUCACUCCAAAAGUCUCCCAACCUUGUCGGCCAUUGUUGUUUACAAUGAUACAGUGCUGUGGACAGGGAACUUUGGGAAAAGAAAUGGAAGUGACCCCAGCUCUUCCCCGCCCAACGAGUACACCAUCUACAGGAUAGCCAGUCUUUCGAAGAUCUUCCCCACACUGAUGCUGUAUAAGCUGUGGGAGGAGGGGAAGGUGGGGUCCUUAGAUGAUCCGCUGGAGAAGUACGUGGAGAACUUCACCAUCAAGAACCCCCUGGGCAGGUCGCACCAAUCAGAGCUGAAGUACGUGACGGACGGGCUGAUCUUCCUGGACAGCGGCGAGGCCCAGAUCCGCUCCUCAUCCGUCACCUUGCGCAGGAUGGCGAGUCAGCUCUCCGGAUUGCCCAGAAGGCUUAGGGCCACUAACCUUCUAUGGAAGGGAAAAACCCAGGCAGCCAUCGGUCUUCUGCAGGAUGAUGUACUUGUGGCAGAUCCAGGCACCAAGUGCCACUACAGUAACCUGGCCUUCUCCCUCCUGGCUCAUGUCCUGGGUGAGAAGGUGCUGGGCCUGGACUACCAGCGCUGGAUUUCUGACAACAUCCUGGACAGGCUGGGGAUGGAGGACUCUGGCUUCGACAUCACCCCCGGGAUACAGAGCCAGAUGGCGGUGGGCGUCUAUGCCAGUGGGAAGCCGGCGCCGCUCUACGACCUGGGCUGGUACCGGCCCUCUGGACAGAUGUUCUCUACGGCCGCCGAUCUGGCCAAGUUGGCCAUGGUGCUGCUGGGCGCCUACCACCGCAAGCUCCUGGAGCCGGACACCGUCAAGACCAUGCUGACGCCCCUCUUCCGCUGCGAGAAGGACUACUUUGCCAACCGCACGGGCACCCCCUGGGAGGUCAACGAGCAGCUGGGGUACGAGGUGCUGCGCAAGGACGGCGACCUGGACGGCUACUCGGCCUCCUUCUCCCUGGUGCCCCGCAUGAAGCUGGGCCUGGUGGUGCUAAUGGCCGGCACCAGGCCGCAGGGCCAGGACAUCGUGGCCAAGGCCUACAGCCACAUCAUCCCCGCCAUGGAGAGGGCCUUCCGGGAUGCUCGGCGUAUCCUCGUCCCUCCGCCCAACCCCGCCCCCUAUGUGGGCUUCUAUACCUAUGGCAACAUCACCUUCUACGAGAUCAAAGCUGGGCUGGACGGAGCCCUGGUCAUGCAGCAGUUUGGGCCCCAGAUCGAGGAUCUCAUCCCCGAGAGAUACAGAACCAUAAAGCUGAACUUCUUGGAGGAUCGGGUCUUCAGAGUGGUUUUUGAGAAGGAGUACCCAUGUGUCUUAAGGGUCGGUACUGCCUCUGUGUCCCUGGAAGCCCAGGAUGGGCAGCUCUUUAACUUUUAUGUUUUGGACAAGAAGGGCGUGUCACCCGGCUUCGAUGCACCAGGGCUGAACACAUAUAACGUGGUGCGGAUCGCCACCAAGCCCGACUUCUCAAACUAAACCCCCUUCCUAGGGACCAGGGUUGUAAGGUCUAUAUACAACGCAGGCCAACAGGUAUAUCUGACAGCUGGUGAAACCUUAUGAACUGGCAGGUUGAUCCAAAGGGAGAACCAAAUACCAGGGUACAAGCGCCAGGAUAAGAAGAAAGCUCAAUGACACAGAAGUUGCGGUGGGUGGAAUCCAUGUGACUUUUAUUUAUUUCGUUUUUCAACCUGUCAGAUAUUCCUCCUCAUGACCAUCGUGAUUAGGUUGUCACAUGUUUGUUGCACAUUUUCAAUGGCAUUCCUUGAUUCCUUUUGUCUGCCAGACCCUGUGGUUUUUACCAUAAUAUCUGGGGUCCAUUGGCAUAUUGCACAGGUUGCUGCUGAGAGACUGUGAGGAUUAGUGUGUGCCUGGAGUUUGGCUGCAGGGUGGACUGUCCGGUUGUGUCUUGCCUGUCCAGUGGAAGGAGGCUGAGAGGAUAUGGAUAGAUGUCCAUAAAAUGCUCAUAUCUUCUGUUGUCAAGCCAACACGCAACGGGUGCCUGUGUCCGUCUUAGACUGUCACAAUCAAGUAAAUGGAGCAGAAAAUAACCUGAGUGUAUGGCUUUCCUGAUCCUAAUUCUGUCCAGUGAUAUGAAUCUUCUUUCUGCUUUAAGGCAUGUAUUUGCCAAGCAAGGGGAAAUGAGGAUUGUAUGACUAUUUUGUAUUUGCGUGAGCGAGAACGAGAGAGCUAUCCUGCUUCUUGCCAUUUCAGCCCAAAUAUGUAUCCCGCAAUGCACUUCCAUAAAUCUUGUCAAAUUGCAUUGUCAGUGUCUGCAUGAUUUCUGUGCUUUG